GUGAGACACUGAGACUCUGAAUUUUCAUUUGGGUCGUUUUGAUUUUGCUUAUUUUCUCGGCAACCAAACGGGAAACAAGAAAAUGGCGGAAAAUUCUGGGAUUGUGGGCUGCUGGGUUGACUAAUAGGGGAAUGGAGAUUGCGUCUUGGAGUUGGGGUUUUGAUUUUCGGGGGUAGAUUGGAGUCUGUGGAAAUUUCCACACCAAUCGGACAGUGCAAUGGUGGAUAGGGACAAUAGUCAGGAAUGAAAUCUUUAUGUGAUCGAGUUGUGAUGCAUUUAUUCUAGAUGAAGACGAAUCAGUGGCGUCCAGGCGUGGGUGACAUGCAGAUCUUGCCCGGGCCUCGCCAUCGCCCGCCUUUGAAGAGGCCGGUGUGGAUUAUUGUCUUGGUUUCUUUGGUCAGCAUCUUUGUGAUUUGUGCUUUCCUCUAUCCGCCUCAAAGCAGCGCUGCUUGUUACAUAUUUUCUUCUAGAGGUUGUAAGGCUAUUUCGGACUGGCUUCCACCUGCUCCUGCAAGGGAUUUUACCGACGAUGAGAUCGCAUCCCGUGUUGUAAUUAGAGAGAUUUUAAGCCAACCUCCUAUUCAAUCCAAGAAUCCAAAAAUUGCAUUCAUGUUCCUUACUCCAAGUGCAUUGCCUUUUGAGAAGCUCUGGGAUAAGUUUCUCCAUGGUCAUGAAGGAAGGUUCUCUGUGUAUGUCCAUGCUUCUAAAGAAAAGGCAAUUCAUUUGAGCCGUUACUUUUCUAAUCGAGAGAUUCGCAGUGACCCGGUGAUAUGGGGAAAAAUUUCAAUGGUAGAUGCAGAGAGAAGAUUAUUGGCAAAUGCUCUUCAAGAUCCUGAUAACCAGCAUUUUGUCUUACUUUCAGAAAGUUGUGUACCAUUGUACACGUUUGACUAUAUCUAUGACUAUCUGAUGAAUACAAAUAUAAGCUAUGUUGACUGCUUUGAGGAUCCUGGUCCGCAUGGAAAUGGGAGGUAUUCUGAACACAUGUUACCUGAAAUUGAGAAGAAAGACUUUAGAAAGGGAGCACAGUGGUUCUCUAUGAAGCGUCAGCAUGCUGUGAUAGCAAUGGCUGAUAGUCUCUACUACUCGAAAUUCCGGGACUACUGUAAGCCAGGUUUUGACGGGCGCAAUUGCAUUGCUGAUGAACAUUACUUGCCAACCUUUUUCAAUAUAAUUGAUCCUGGUGGCAUUGCAAACUGGUCGGUAACACAUGUUGAUUGGUCUGAAAGAAAGUGGCAUCCCAAGUUAUACAAAUCUCAGGAUAUUACAUAUGAGCUUCUGAAGAAUAUUACGUCAGUUGAUGUGAGCGUGCAUGUAACCAGUGAUGCGAAGAAAGUAGUACAGAGAUGGCCUUGCUUAUGGAAUGGUAUACAACGACCGUGUUACUUAUUUGCAAGGAAGUUCCAUCCAGAGACUCUCAAUGACUUGUUGCACCUUUUUGCCAAUUAUACAACAAUUUGAGCCAGAUAUUUUUUACUCCAUAUUCUUUGGUUGGAUCGCUUUCGACCGUUCCACUCCAUGUUAUUUCCAGUAUAGCUGACGGAGUUGUAAAUUGCCACAUUAUAGAGGCUUGAUUGUUCGCCGCCUCCCUACCACGAUUCUUGAGUGCAAGGGCUACUGGCAGAGCAGUUAGGGUGGCCGGAGUCGGGCAGGAGGCUAACAGGGUAGUGUUACUUGGGGAUGAUAUGAGGAUAUGUUGUUAUCUCGAUGAACCCUUCAUUUUGUGCUAUCCGUGUUACAUUUCU